UCUAAAGAUGUUUGAGCCUGUUUUAAUGUCGUGUGCAUCAUGGUUCAAGCUUGUGGGAAAAAGUAAAUUAUUAUAUCUUAUGGAGUAUGUUCUUCUCUUGCAUGAGGGUGCUAAAACAAGCUAUAAAACGUUUUCAGGGGUGCCAUAUCCUGGUUUGCAGAUGCGCGACAAGCCAAGACGUGUGGAGAUUUAUUUUUCGAGUUGGGUUAUCAGGGCCGUGGAGUCCCGAAAAGGAGAGGGGCAGAUGACUGCUUGUGAGGUUGCUCUUGUACAUUACGAAGACAUGGGGAUCCCGAAAGAUGUGGCUAAAUUGAGUGUUCGUCAUGGUAUGUGGGGAACCGUUAAGAAAUUGCACUGCGGCAUGAGGGCAUACCAGAAUGCUAGGAAAACCAACUCUUCCUUAUCGAGAUGUGCUCUGACGGCAAGAAUUACCACGAAAGCUUCUCCCGACGAGAGCACGGAUUCCGAGGAAUAUGAGGAGGAGGAAAGAAUGGUUAUGAGGAAGCAGAAUGAUUGGAAAUGGAUCGCCAUAGGCGGAACUGUAGCUUUGGUUUUAGGACUCCAUUCAGGAAUAAUUGGGAAGGCAUUGUUACUUGGAGCAGGGAAGAGAAUCGCCCGACGGUGAGAGUUGUUUUCCGGUGAGGAACUUGUUACUUUUAUAUAGUUUUUUAAAGAGCCUA